AUGAGUAAAGCAUUAGCCCCGAGUAAAAGUACAGUAUACAUAAGCAAUUUGCCAUUCAGCUUAACUAAUAAUGAUAUCCAUCAAAUAUUACAACCAUAUGGUAAAAUUGUUAGAGUAACAGUUGUUAAAGAUAAGGACAGUCGUAAAAGCAAAGGUGUUGCCUUUGUUCUCUUCUUAGAAAGAAAUGAUGCUCGUAAUUGUGCAGAGAAACUGAAUAAUGUUCAAAUGUUUGGUCGUACAUUAAAAGCAUCGAUCGCUCGAGAUAAUGGCCGAGCUGCUGAAUUUAUCCGUAGACGAGAAUACCCAAACAAAACUCGAUGUUAUGAAUGCGGUGCUCACGGUCAUCUCAGCUAUAAAUGUGAAAAAAAUUCACUAGGUGAACGUGAACAACCGGUGAAAAAGCGUAAACUUCGUAAGAAGAUAGACUCUUCUCAUUCUUCUGCGUCGAAUUCACACGAUAAAAGAAGACAGGAAGUGCAUGAUGACACGGAAGAUGACGAUGGCAAGGAAGAUAGUGAUAUAGAUGAUGAGUUGGAUAGUUGGAGUGCAGCUGUACAACAUCAGGCAGAACUUUACAAUAGACAGACAUCAUCUGAAUGUAUGACGAAGAAACGAUGUAUUCGACAGAAUUCAUAUUUUUCAGAUGAGGAGGAUUUCGAAGAAGCAUAA